CGGUACUAUACGCCUGAUUCAGCUCAAUCUACGCGUACUUGUCGUUUGAGCUCUGUAUAUUGCUCAGUUUCCGUCCCGUCUUGCGCUCGACCACGUGGCGAUGGGUCCUGUUGACGUGGAGGCUAAAUCCGCUGUUCGAACAAUUCAGCAAUGUCAGAUAAUCCUUCCUUGAAUCACGACUACUACGCCGAAUGCACUCCCUGUGUCGGCUCAUACGAAUACUCCCUGCUCUACCGUCUCUUUGGACAUCAGUUCUUGCGGAGUCAUUUCUUUCAAACACCCUCGUCAGGAAGGAUCAAUUGCAGAGUGUGUUGGAACAUCAGCCGGUAGAGGUCUCUGAAUGCAAGAAUACUCCACCUACCGGCCCCAUAGAUGCUACCCUAUGUGACUACGAGACUGUUGAGACCGUUAAUCGAGCUCUAUUCAAGAAUCUUCAUGAACUCGUGCAAACGCCUUUCUUCAAAUACUUCCAAGUUGAUCUUUACCGCGAAUGCCCUUUUUGGGACGAUUAUGGAUCCUGCAAUAAUCCAGGAUGCGCCAUUACCACAGUAGAUGAGAGUGAAAUUCCUCCGAGAUGGCGAGCGAAAGCUCUCAGCGAAGUGGAUGCCUUGGUAGACGAUCAAUAUCGUUUACCUGGUUGCUACUAUCGCGAUUCCGACUUCUGCUUCUUGGAUGAUAACACAGAGGGUGACUAUUAUGACCUCACACUCGUUCCGGAACGUUUUACGGGGUAUUCUGGACCUGACGCCCAUAGAAUAUGGCGGUCAAUAUACGAGGAAAAUUGCUUUGGGAUGUCAGAGUUGAACCUUAUGUCCGGUUCCUCGCCAGCUCUCGUUUCUCUCCCAGAAACAAUGUCAGAUGUGCUACGAGAAGAUGGGAGCGUGAAUAACGAACAAUGUCUGGAAAAGAGAGUGUACUACAAAGUUAUAUCUGGCCUGCAUGCAUCGAUAUCAAUACACAUAUGCAUGGAAUAUCUGAACCAGACAACUGGUGAAUGGGGCCUCAAUCUCCAAUGUUUCGUCAACAGAGUGGCCUCUCACCCAGAACGGCUGCAGUAUAUUUACUUCAACGUCGUCUUGAUGCUACGAGCAGUAUCUCGUCUGGGGCCGUACUUGUCUGCUUAUGAUUACUGCUCGACUGGCAAUCACGAAGACGAGGUUGAAACAAAGGCGAAGCUUACCAACGUCAUAAACCUUGCUCAAGACGCCGGCAAGUUUGACGAAACUGUACUAUUCCGGGGGGAGAAUGCAAACGUUCUCAAAGAAGAGUUCAAGCAACACUUCCGAAACGUGACGCGUAUCAUGGAUUGCGUGGGAUGUGAUAAAUGUCGUCUAUGGGGAAAGAUACAGACUACUGGAUUAGCCACAGCUCUUAAAAUCCUAUUUGAGUUGGACGAGAAAGCCCUCGAUCCCGGUACAAACCACAAUCUGUUGCAACGCUCCGAGGUUGUCGCGCUCUUGAACACUUUGCACCGUCUGAGUGAAAGUCUCGAAGGCGUAAACCGUUUCAGGAGAAUGUGGUCAGAGAUUAGCUCUUCAGAAACAGAGAACCUUAUUCUUGAAGCCCAGAAAGCUAUUGCGGGAAGGACAUCAACCGCUGAGCCCCCCCGACCUACAGAUUUCGCGGACGUUGUUCGACGCGUUCAGUCUAUAUUCACGGUUUGCAGGGAGAGCACGACGGAGUGUUUUAGGUUCUUAAUAAUGAUGUGGAGGAGAGGGUUGCAGUCCAUAGGAUCACUUCUCCGUCCAUCGGGAAAAGAAAACGGACCUUUGGGUCCAUUUCACGAAGAGUUGUGAAUGGACGGGUUGAGGUGGUGAACAUUUUAGAUCUUUGGAUGAUCAGAUUUAUGUAACUGGAUGUAGUCCUUUGAUGACAGAAAGUGGUAAAUAUUCUG